AGAAAAAGAGAAAACGAACAAACGACACUUCUGAUUUCAGAACCCAGAAGAAAGUAAUGAGAACGAAUCGUGGAUUUUGACGAGAAAUACUCGGUACUUUCUCUUCUUCACCCACUCUGCCGCGAAAGCUACCAAAAUCCCGUCGUCGAUUUUAAAAAUCUUCCCCCGACCCCCAGUAUUUAGGGUUUUGCGUAUGGCCGGAAUACGUAUGCCGCCGGAAGAAUCCGACAUCUCUCAGCAGCAAAUCCGAGCUGCAUCGGCCGUCGCCACUGAUCUGGUCUCCGACGACGACAGGUCCGUUGCCGCCGACUCUUGGUCCAUUAAGAGCGACUAUGGAAGCACCCUCGACGACGAGCAGCGCCAUGCCGAUGCGACCGAUGCUCUCUGCGCAUCCAACUUCCGUGCGGCCUCAGAUUACAGUUCUGACAAGGAAGAGCCAGAUGCUGAAGUUGUGACAUCAACGCUUGGUCUUCAGAGUUACUGGGAUUCUGCGUAUGCAGACGAGUUAUCAAAUUUCCGCGAACAUGGCCAUGCUGGUGAAGUAUGGUUUGGGGGUGAUGUCAUGGAUGUUGUUGCUUCUUGGACGAAAAGCUUGUGCAAUGACAUCUCCCAGGGUCACAGCACAAACCAUGUUAACGAUACCAAAUCUUCAUCUGUUGAAGAUGGUGAUAAGCAUUUGUCUACUUGGAGUGUGCUUGACAUUGGGACUGGCAAUGGUUUGCUCCUCCAGGAACUCGCUAAGCAGGGGUUCUCUGAUUUAACUGGGGUUGAUUAUAGUGAGGGGGCAAUCGAACUUGCACGAAAUCUGGCUGAUCGUGAUGGGUUUUCCUAUAUCAAUUUCCUGGUCGAUGAUGUCCUGGAAACAAAGUUAGAGAGGCAGUUUCGUGUUGUCAUUGAUAAAGGGACAUUAGACGCGAUCGGAUUGCAUCCAGAUGGCCCGAUAAAGAGGGUCAUGUACUGGGACUCGGUGUCAAAGCUGGUUGCUUCUGGUGGUCUGUUGGUCAUUACCUCAUGUAACAACACCAAAGAUGAAUUGAUGCAAGAAGUGGAGAACUUCAAUCAAAGGAGAGGGGAAACAUCUCCAGAGAAGGAGCAGGAAGCAGCAGCUGCUUGCCAAUUCCGAUACGUGGAUCACGUUCGAACGUAUCCUACGUUCAUGUUUGGUGGAUCGGUGGGAUCGAGGGUUGCCACAGUGGCAUUCGUCCGAAGCUGAAGCUGAAGCUUCUUCUUCGUCUUCCUGUUCUGUGCUGGACUUGGUACUAGUGGGUAACGUUAUAUAUAGGUUUUGGGGGAUUAGGGCAACUGCAGCGUUGUUGCAUGACUUAACUGCCUUUGACUGAGGAAAUCUGGGGGGCUUUUGUUUCGCCGUUUCUGGAAGAUCAUGUAAUACAAUUACUGUACUUGACGUUACUGUAUUUGACGUGGUGGUUGGUGGUGGUGAUUUAAUUAAUUUGCAGUAGAGAGUUUUUCUUUUUUGUGUUUGUUCAUACCUAUGGUUUUGAUUUGGCUGGC